CCUCAGGUUUGCAGGGAGAUGUCCCAGCUCCAGGAAAACAUCAGUGGCAUCGUCGCUGCUUUUUACACCUGCGCCCAAAACUGCAGCCCCCUGAGCAGGGAGGAGCUGAGGCAGCUCAUGGAGCAGGAGUUUGGGGAUGCCAUGGAGAACCCCCAGGACCCAGAAAGCAUCCGGAAGGUUCUGUGCUUCCUGGGCGAUGAGAACAACUGCGGGGUCGGCCUCAGGGAGUUGCUCAGCCUGGUUUUCCACGUGGCCAAGGCUUGUUACAAACCUCUCCAGCAGCAGCAGCACCAGCAGGUCCCCGAGCGUGGUGUGGACAACCAGGACCAGGACACGGAGAGCCAGGAGCAGGACACCCAUCAAAUCCAAGAGGGUGAGACACCAGAGCAGGAAAGCCAACAGAUCCAGGAGGGUGAAACAGCAGAGCAGGACCAGGACACCCCUCAGGGUGAUGGCACUGAAGCACCAGAAGGGGAUCCAGAGGGAGGGGAGAUCCUGGAUGCUGCAACCCCAGAGCAGGACAGAAAUACCUGUGAGGCUGCAGAGGCUGAAGAGGCAACCAAAGAGGAGCCAAAAACCCACCAGGCCCCAGAAGCUGAGGGGCCAGGAGAGGGUUCAAACCACCAUGAGGGCCCAGAGCCUGAGCCAGCAAAGCAGGACCCAAAUCCUCCCCCUGAGACACGAGGAAAAGACCCCCAAAAGACCCAAGUCUGUGAGGCCCCUUGGAAAGACCCCAACCCUGGGCAGAUCCAGCAGCUUCUGCCCCACAGCCCCCAGCAGGAUGCCAAGGCCCUGGGAACACUCUGUGGCCCAGAUGGCCAUCAAAUCCCUGAAUCCAAGGGGCUGGAGAUGGAGCACAGCGAGGCACAGCAGCUACAAGGGCAACUCGUGGUGGAGCAGCAGCUCCUGCAGCCUCUGUACCAGUGGCCACCAGAGCAGUGA